AUGAGCAAACGAGACAUACCUGGGGAAUGGGUAACGGUAGAUGGUCGAUGGUCACAUGUCCGAGAGGGCGAGUGGUGUACCGUGUCAUUCAUGGAUGAUGUUACGCGGAAGAUAUUGUACUGUGUGACAACAAGAAAAGGGGUUGAUGAUACAUCAUCUGUGCGAUUGGAGCGGGUUGCGUUCGACAAAGGAGUUGAUGAGCUGGCGCUGUUGGGAUUUGAUGUGGAAGGAAUCAUUUUAGACCAAGGGAUGACAUUCAGAGGUGCUGCAACAGAGCGGAAACUGAACCAUCAGGUGGAUUGGUGGCACGUGAAGAAAACGCUCUACAAGCUCUUCUGCAAAGAGCUUCAGGAUGCCGUGCGGGUGCCGGUGGCCGUGGACAAGGCAAGUUGUAUUGAGGAGCUGUGGUUGGCUACGGUGGAAGGGCUGCGGCAAUGGUUGCGAAAACGGGGUUUGGAGAAAGAGGCGAAGGCAUCACUCAAAUCGGCUCUUGUGCAAUCGUUCUGCACAGCCAUGGGAACCUUUGCCUACGUGCACAUGACACCAGAUGCAGCAAAGUGGAAUUUUCCGGAGCUGAGAAAGGUGCGACGAGUGGGGGGGGAACAGGGGGUUGUAGAGGUCCCUGUGACUUAUGCUGAGGUGCGAUCUGGUCCAACAGGAGAUAGACAGACCACUACAAUCGAUGAAGCGGUUGACAAAGCGGAAAUGGGCAACGCACAAGUUGAGGUGCAGUGGCCGGAUGUGGAGCUUUGGAGUUACGAUUUGUAUCCAGUGCACGGCGCGCGACCCUCCUCUGUGGCAAGUGCAUUCAUCGUGCAUGCACAUGCGCAGGCGAUGUCUCAUGGUCAAUCGGUGGGACGACUCCUUGGGCCAACGCUGACGAUUGCACUGGUAAGAAUGCUCACAAAAUUGGAAUUUUAA